AUGAGUUCAGAUGCGCUGCCAUGUGAUGAUUUCUUCCAAUCAGCAAGGCUCCUCGCAUUGUGGAGAGAAUCUGAUGACCGUGUGAGAAAUAAACUCAAUACAGAACUCCCUACAACAUCAUUUCACAACAAAGUAGACUAUGCCAGCAAGUGUAAUACAUUUGUCAAUAAAAUGCUUAGGAAUCACGAUCAAAGAACUAAAGCAAUCAAGCAUUGCAUCAAUCUAUCCGCUGAGAGAAUAAGCGUACUUAAACGUUCAUCGGAAUCCAAUAAUAAUGAAAACAAUAAAGAAGUCAUGCGGAAAAUCCGCGAUAAGCAAAGCCUGUUAAGACAGUUCCAAACCGAACUUUUGAAUGAAGAAGUUAUUCAAACUUCUGCGUUGAAAGUGAUAUACGAACGCUGUCGUGAGCAUUUUCGGCAUCCUGUUUUCGAUCAGUUCAAGUAG